AUGUCUAUACUCGUGCGCCCACCCAAGCGCAAGUUGCACGAGGUUGACGAAGGACCUCGGAAACAAAGCACCGUCGGAUGGUCUCCAUCAACUCGUUCAAAUUCACAAUCCAGUUCGAGACGACCCAGUGAACAGCUGGACUCCCAGAGCGAUGCCCUCCAGCAUGCCACCUCACUCCGGGAGUUACACUCCAACCGCGCGUCCCCGGUCCUCUUCGAUAAAGGAACCCUGCAAACCCCCCGCAUCUUCAGCCCCACUGCAUCAAUCGUUCUCAUCGGUAUUCGAGGCACAGGAAAGUCCAGUCUAGCUGUCAUCCUAGCUGCGACAACUGGCCGACGUCUCAUCGAUGCCGACCGGUACUUUCACCAGGUCACUGGCUGCUCCCGCGCCGCUUUCAAGAAGGAUAAUAACCAUAACGACUACCGACUACAAGAGGCUCGCGUGUUUGAAUCUAUGCUGGCGGACAAUCAAGAAGGAUGUGUGAUAGCGUGCGGAGCCGGAGCGAUGGAGCGCACCGGGCAAAGGCUGUUGCGGGAAUUUGCACAGACACAUCCGGUCAUCCAUGUCAGCCGCGAUCCCGAGAGUAUUCAGUCAUAUCUCAAAGCGUGGCAUACACAAAAGGUCCGCCACUUUCUGGAACUCUCGGGGCCGAUCUACCGCGGGUGUUCGAAUUUGGAAUUCUUCAACCUGUCCGAGUCGGGCAGCGGUGAACAUACCACUGACAGCAACCAUUCGUCGCCAGGACCCAAAAGGGACCAAAGAUCACAAACACCCACUCCAUUCUUAACAUUGAAACGUGUACAGCGGGACUUCCUCCGUUUCAUAGCCUUUGUGACAGGUGACGUUACGGAAAUGAAUCGUCAGCAUUCGUCGUUCCCGCUGUCUUUAUUACCAGUACCAAUGCGGCCCUAUACAAAUUCAGUGACGGUUCCGUUCUCUGUCUUGCGCGAUAAUAAUCUUGACAUUGAAGAGAUUGAGUUUGGCACUGAUGCAUUCGAACUGGCCAUUGAUGUCACCAGCCCUUCGGACCAGAUGGGUGCAGACUCGAACCUGGCAGACAGUAUCAGUCAAGUUAUUUCGACAAUCCGGCGCAAUAUUAUCGUACCAAUCAUAUAUCAUGUUGAGAGUUACACCUCACCAAAAGGUCAUCUUUCACCAUCACAAACUGCUCGGUCCACCGAUGAAGCAUAUUUGAACUUAGUCCGGCAUGGCCUACGACUUGCACCAACCUACUUGACGGUCGAUCUGUCUCGUGAUGACAAACUAUUCAGUGAGGUUGUUAAUGCCCGGGGCCGUACCAAAAUCAUAGGUCAUUUUGAGACCUUCCGCCCUCUACCAGGGGGGUGGGAUGGUGAUGAAUAUGUGAACAUCUUUGAGCGGGCGCAGCGGCUUGGAUGUGACAUGGUACGACUAUGUCAGCCAGCAGAGACUUUUGAAGAUAAUCAGGCGGUUGAAAGGUUCCGACACCGCGUUCAAACCCUUCCGGGUGCUAUCCCGGUAAUCGCCUACAAUACCGGCCCUCUGGGACGCAUGUCGCGCUGCUUCAAUCCUAUUUUGAGCCCAGUCACCCAUCCAUCCCUAAUGCACGAUAAUCCUUCUCACUUACGAUCUUGCAUAACAUCCCGUGAGGCGCAGCAAGCGCUGUAUAGCACUUUUACGCUAGAUCCCAUGCAGUUCUUCGUUUUUGGUGCCAAUGUGACGUACAGUAUGUCACCAGCGAUGCACAAUACUUCUUUCAAAUUGUGUGGCUUACCUCACCAAUACACCAUCUUUCAGUCGCCUACUAUUCGGGGUCUGAAUGAACUUGUCGAAAAUCAAUUCUUCGGUGGAUCGAGUGUCAGUCUUCCUUACAAAACGGAAGUGAUCCCCCUCCUCCACUCCAUGUCUCCUCAUGCGCGGGCUAUUGGCGCUGUCAAUACGCUGAUUCCCAUUCGGAACGACGACGAUUCCGAUCCUCGCCUCUCGCAAGAAUCCUCGAUUUACUUGCAAAAGAGCCGUGCCGGUCCGAUCAAGGGCUUGCACGGCGACAAUACCGACUGGAUUGGUAUUUGCAACUGCAUUAGACGAGGUCUUUCACCUGCCAAUGCUGUCCGACCCACGACAACUGGUCUUGUCAUUGGGUCUGGAGGUAUGGCCCGUGCUGCUGUAUAUUCGAUGAUUCACCUUGGUGUCCAGCACAUCUUCGUUUACAACCGCACUCUUGCUAAUGCAGAGAAGCUGGCCCAUCAUUAUAACCGACAAGAACUUCAUGAACAAGUUGGAGCUGAUGGACGUCCUCGGGUCAGUACCCUCAAAUCAAUGGACGAACCUUGGCCAGCAGAUUAUAAACAGCCAACAAUAAUUGUAUCGGGUAUCCCAGCCCACAGUAUUGGAGGGCAGCCGGCACCGAACUUUAACGUUCCCACUCAAUGGCUAGAAAGCCUCACCGGUGGUGUCGUUGUUGAUCUGGCCUACAAACCCCUCAACACUCCCUUGAUGAAACAAAUCCGUGCCUUGUCGCACCGGGGAUGGGUGGCCCUGGAUGGCCUUGACGUCCUCCCCGAACAAGGUUUUGCCCAAUUCGAGCUGUUCACCGGCCGUCGCGCACCACGCCGACUGAUGCGCACGAUAGUCCUCCGGGAAUACGUGGACGAAGAAGGUCAUGAUGACCCGCGUGCGAUCCACGACAGACUCCAGAACCUAGACGGUCAGCCGUCCUGA